AAUUUGUAAAAACGAUUUGUAUGUGUAUGUGCAUGAGACGGCAUCAUUGUUUUAUUUAUAAGGAGAGAAAAAGUGGUCAUUUAAAUUAUUUGAAAAUUAAAUAGUUAAAUAUUUGAAAAUGUCAUCACGUUACGAUCGAGCAAUUACCGUUUUUUCUCCAGAUGGUCAUUUACUUCAAGUUGAAUACGCACAGGAAGCUGUACGAAAAGGUUCCACUGCUGUAGGUGUUCGUGGAAAGGAUGUUGUUGUUCUUGGAGUUGAGAAGAAGUCUGUGGCUAAAUUACAAGAAGAACGCACUGUCCGCAAAAUAUGCCUUUUGGAUGAUCAUGCAGUUAUGGCUUUUGCAGGUUUGACUGCUGAUGCAAGAGUACUUAUAAACAGAGCUCAAAUAGAAUGUCAAAGUCACAAAUUAACUGUUGAAGAUCCAGCCACAUUAGAAUAUAUUACAAGGUAUAUUGCAGGCUUAAAGCAAAGAUAUACUCAAAGCAAUGGUAGAAGACCUUUUGGAAUUUCCUGUUUAUUGGCUGGCUUUGAUUAUGACGGAGUUCCCCAUUUAUAUCAGACUGAGCCCUCUGGAAUUUAUUAUGAAUGGAAGGCAAAUGCUACUGGACGCAGCGCCAAAACUGUUCGCGAAUUUCUUGAGAAAUAUUAUUCAACUGACGAAGUUGCAUCUGAAAAGGGUACCAUUAAAUUGGCUAUUAGAGCUCUAUUAGAGGUGGUUCAAUCUGGUCAGAAGAAUUUAGAAAUAGCAGUUAUGCGCAGAGGUCAACCUUUACAAAUGUUAGAUACAGAUACAAUUGGAGGAUAUGUCACUGAAAUUGAAAAAGAAAAAGAAAUUGAAGCGGAAAAGAAAAAGCAGAAAAAGUGAAUAUUUUAAUUUUUAUAAUGCAAUUAUCCAUAUUGUUAAAUCUUUUAAUAAAAGAAGCAUUUUGAUUCGUGAAAA